AUGUAAAACUUAGAUGUCACUCCAUGUUAUCCAAAUAUACGAAAAUACAUCAAAGUUUUUUUUUAAUAUUCUGUAACUACUUCUGAAUAUAAUCCAUUUUAUUUUUUUCCUUCUACUAUAUUAUAAGAUGCUAUUGAAUAUUAAUAAACUACUGUUGAUACAUUUCUUGAUUAUAAUCAAGAUAAUACUUUUGCAUAAAUUGAGAUCAAUUUAAAUGUAAAGAAGAAACUUAAUUAUAUAACAUUUCAAACUCUUAUGGAUGUUGCUGCUAAAAUAGGAGGAUUCUUCACAAUACUUCGAGCUCUUUUUGAAUUACUUCUCUUUCCAAUCUAAGUUAUCAUCUAUCGACUUUAUCUAAUCAAUUGUCUCAUUAAUUAACAAUAGACAUUCACUACUUUAGAAAAUAUAGAAUAAAAAGAAUUGCAAACCAAUUUUUCUAGAUUAAGAAUUAGAGAUCUAAUAAGAUAUUCUAAAGCUAGAUCUACCUAUUUUAACUAUUUAAAAAUAGUAGAAAGACUAUUAGACAUUACUGAAGUUUUAUCUAAUCCUUUAAGAUUGACUAGAUAAGUUGAAGAUUUAUAAGGAUCCAUACGUAAAUUUGAUCCUGGGAAAAAAUAAAUUAAUGUAAGAGCUGCUUUAGAUGAAAUUAUUGCUAAUAAUGAUGCUCAAGAUAUUCAAAGCAUGAGUCCAAGAUCAAUUAAUUAAGAACUUAAACCUGUCAUUUAAUCUACUAUUCAUUUACAUAGACUUAAGCCAAAAUGA